GCCUGGAAGAUUUAUAUCAAUUUGGAGUUCGAUAUUAACAUUAACGAUGGAGACAGUGUACGUCAGCCUUCGAUCUUUUAUAAUCAUCACUUGUGAUAAAAACGAAGAGAGAGCAGAUCAUUUGACCAUUUUUCCUGGAUAUUUUCCCUAUGAUAUUCGAAGAACAUCAUUUUGCAUUUUCACUAACUUGGGUCAAGCGAUUACUGGAUAUAUAGCCGCGAUUACAUACACUAGUAUCGAUAGCUUUAUUGGUAUGUUGGUGAUUCACAUAUGUGGGCAAUUUGAGAUUUUGAAAAUGAAAUUGGAAAGAUUAAUGGGAGAUGAAGAUUGUGGAAGAGAUGCAAAACAGAUUCAAAAAGAGUUGGCCUGGAUUGUGAAGAGACACGAAGAUUUGAGCCAUUCUGCUGCCAAGAUCGAGGAAUGCUUCAACAUGUUAUUACUCAUGCAAAUGUUGCUCUGCACCAUUGAAAUCUGUUUUCAAGGUUUUAUACUCUUCAAUGUAGUGUUAAAGGAUGUGAGUGGAUUGUUAAGUGGACAAAUGCUGUUCUUUAUGCUCUCUGUGCCUUUUAUCCUUGUGCACAUAUACAUUUAUUGUUACAUAGGCGAGAAGCUUCUCGUUCAAAACAGAGAAAUGAGCAAUUCUGCAUACAAAUCGAACUGGUUCAAUGUUGCUCCAUCGGAAUCUAAGUGUCUUUUAUUUAUCAUGCAAAGAUCUCAUCGACCCCUUUGCCUGACAGCAGGGAAAUUUAGCACUUUUUCCAUUGAAUUAUUCAGUACCAUUUUAAAAACAUCAAUGGGCUAUCUAUCGGUUCUGCUGACAGUGUUUUGCAUAUUAGAUUUAAAAUAUGUGUACAGUUGGAAUCAGUACACGAUGAAAUUUAUUGGUAUCUGGCCAGAGGAGAGAAAAUGGAACCGACCAUCGAGUUAUCUGGUAUUAAUAGCAGUUUUAAUGAUGCUGUGCUUCAUUACCAUCCCGCAAACAAUUAAUCUCACGCUAAUUUGGGGCGAUAUGGAUUUGGUGGUGGAAAAUUUAUCGAUGGGAAACAUCACUAUCACGAUAUCCCUUUUGAAAACGAUCGCUUUUUGGACCAAUGGAAAAUCAUUGAAAUCUCUGCUAGAAUGCAUGGCCAAAGACUGGAGCACACCUGUGUUAAAAAAUGAGUAUGAAUCAAUGAAGAAAAUCGGGAAAAUCAGCAGAACGAUCAUCAUGAGGAGUACCAUAAUGUGCAAUACCGUAGCCAUAGCCUAUGGUGUUCUACGAAUGUACUCCAUGAAAUACACCGAAAACAAAUUGUUCUUCCGUGCCUAUUUCCCUUACGACGUCGAUUCCACCCCAAAUUAUCAACUGACUAUGUUCGCUCAAUUCUUGGGUACUAUGUAUGCAGCGAUCACUUACACCUGUGUGGAUACUUUCGUCGCUAUGCUGAUUUUGCAUAUUUGUGGACAAUUGUCGAAUUUGAAAGAAGAGAUUAAAAAACUCUCGGUGCAGAGUGAAAAAGAUUUUCAAGCCAACUUGGGGAAAAUUGUUCGCAAACACCAGUACUUGAACAGAUUCGCGGGGCAAGUAGAAAAUUGUUUCAACAUGAUGCUUCUAGUUCAGAUGCUCGGUUGCACCGUUCAAUUGUGUUUCCAAUGUUUCCAAGCUAUCAUGUCAUUCGGCGUUGAAGUAGAGGAAUACUUGAUCCUUCAAAUUAGUUUCCUGAUAAUCUAUGUAAUUUAUGUGAUGUUGCAUCUGUAUUUAUAUUGUUACGUGGGUGAAAGACUAACAGCCGAGGGUCUUGAAAUAGCCAACGCGGUGUACGAUUCCGAAUGGUACAAUUUAUCAGCGAAAAAUACAAAACUACUUAUAUUAAUCAUAUGUAGAGCAAAAACGCCAUUGCAAAUCACCGCAGGAAGAUUUUGCUCCUUCACUUUGGAACUCUAUUUUCAGAUUUUAAAAACCUCCAUGGGUUACAUUUCCGUUCUAUGUGCGAUGAAAAACUAA